GCGGCGCGGUAGUAUCGCGAGAAGAAGGAGUGUGCGUAGCUCUUAGAAAUCACUAUGGUGACAGGGAGGUUGGGAGGCUUCUUGGUAACUGGUCCCAGCUCUGUGGGAAUAAUCGCCACUGCUUUCCUGCAACUUAAGUGAAUGCAAUCAAGUGGCAUUUUAAAAUUCUGCUGAAAGUGGAGACAUGAGACUGAAGAUAUCUCUUUUAAAAGAACCAAAACAUCAAGAAUUAGUCAGCUGUGUGGGCUGGACUACUGCUGAAGAACUGUAUUCAUGUAGUGAUGACCACCAGAUAGUGAAGUGGAACUUGUUAACAAGUGAAACAAGUCAGAUAGUAAAGCUUCCUGAUGAUAUUUACCCAAUAGAUCUUCACUGGUUUCCAAAAAGUUUAGGCAUAAAGAAGCAAACUCAAGCAGAAAGCUUUGUCCUUACAAGUUCUGAUGGUAAAUUUCAUCUGAUUUCUAAGUUAGGAAGAGUGGAAAAAAGUGUAGAAGCUCACUGUGGAGCAGUUCUUGCAGGAAGAUGGAAUUAUGAAGGAACAGCAUUAGUUACAGCUGGAGAAGAUGGACAAAUAAAAAUCUGGUCAAAGACUGGGAUGCUAAGAUCAACUUUAGCUCAGCAAGGAACACCAGUAUAUUCAGUAGUGUGGGGCCCUGAUUCAGAAAAGGUUCUUUACACAGCAGGCAAGCAGCUGAUCAUUAAACCUCUUCAACCAAAUGCUAAAGUUUUACAGUGGAAAGCUCAUGAUGGCAUUAUUUUAAAAGUAGAUUGGAACUCUGUCAAUGAUCUAAUUUUAUCUGCUGGUGAGGAUUGUAAAUAUAAGGUAUGGGAUAGUUAUGGCCGUCCUCUGUACAAUUCACAACCUCAUGAGCAUCCUAUUACCUCAGUUGCCUGGGCUCCAGAUGGAGAAUUAUUUGCUGUUGGAUCGUUUCAUACUUUACGCUUGUGUGAUAAAACUGGGUGGUCAUAUGCUUUGGAAAAGCCCAACACCGGCAGUAUAUUUAACAUCGCGUGGUCAAUUGAUGGCACUCAGAUCGCUGGAGCCUGUGGAAAUGGGCAUGUUGUUUUUGCACAUGUGGUGGAGCAGCGUUGGGAGUGGAAAAAUUUUCAAGUAACAUUAACUAAACGAAGGACCAUGCAGGUUCGUAACGUUCUUAAUGAUGCAGUGGAUUUACUGGAAUUCCGUGAUAGAGUCAUUAAAGCAUCUUUGAACUAUGCACACUUAGUUGUUUCAACAUCUCUUCAAUGUUAUGUGUUCUCUACGAAGAACUGGAAUACACCUCUUAUAUUUGAUCUAAAAGAAGGAACUGUUAGUUUAAUUCUGCAGGCAGAAAGACAUUUUCUUCUUGUAGAUGGUGGUGGUAUCUAUUUAUAUUCUUAUGAAGGCCGGUUCAUUUCUUCUCCAAAAUUUCCUGGAAUGAGAACAGAUAUUCUGAAUGCACAGACUGUAUCUCUGAGUAAUGAUACCAUAGCAAUAAAAGACAAAGCUGAUGAAAAAAUAAUCUUCCUUUUUGAGGCAUCAACUGGAAAACCAUUAGGUGACGGGAAGCUUCUUUCUCAUAAGAAUGAAAUUUUGGAAAUUGCUCUGGAUCAAAAAGGACUUACCAAUGACAGAAAAAUUGCCUUCAUUGAUAAAAAUAGAGAUCUCUAUAUCACCUCAGUGAAACGAUUUGGGAAGGAAGAACAAAUUAUCAAACUUGGAACAAUGGUGCAUACUUUGGCAUGGAGUGAUACAUGCAAUAUCCUUUGUGGACUUCAGGAUACUCGAUUUACAGUGUGGUACUACCCCAAUACAGUUUAUGUCGACAGAGACAUUUUGCCUAAAACAUUAUAUGAAAGGGAUGCAAGUGAAUUUAGUAAAAAUCCCCAUAUUGUGAGUUUUGUUGGAAAUCAGGUAACUAUAAGAAGAGCUGAUGGCUCACUGAUUCACAUCAGCAUAUCACCAUAUCCUGGUAUUCUCCAUGAAUAUGUAAGCAGUUCAAAAUGGGAAGAUGGUGUAAGACUUUGUCGUUUUGUUAAGGAGCAAACCAUGUGGGCUUGCCUAGCUGCUAUGGCAGUUGCUAAUAGAGAUAUGACUACCGCAGAAAUAGCCUAUGCAGCAAUUGGUGAAAUUGAUAAGGUUCAGUACAUCAAUUCUAUAAAAGAUCUUCCAUCUAAAGAAUCAAAAAUGGCUCACAUACUCAUGUUUAGUGGGAACAUACAGGAGGCUGAAAUGGUACUUCUUCAGGCUGGCCUUGUUUAUCAAGCGAUCCAGAUCAAUAUUAAUCUCUAUAACUGGGAAAGGGCACUUGAAUUGGCUGUAAAAUAUAAAACACACGUUGAUACAGUUCUUGCUUACCGGCAAAAGUUUUUGGAGACAUUUGGUAAACAGGAAACUAAUAAACGGUAUUUGCAGUAUGCAGAAGGUCUCCAAAUAGAUUGGGAGAAAAUCAAAGCCAAAAUUGAGAUGGAACUUACCAAAGAACGAGAGCAAUCAUCAAGCAGCCAGUCCAGCAAGCAUAUAGGUCUAAAGCACUAAAUUCCUUGCUUACCAUUAAGAAAUUUUACCUUUUGAAACAUUCUGAUUAACCAAGGAUAAUUGUAUUUUUAUUGCUAAAGAAAAAGGCAGAAUCUUUAAGUAUAAGUACUUGCUGUGUAUUUACCACUAAAAAUACAUUCAGAAAGACUAAGCACAAAAUAAUUGAUGCAGUUUCAUCUUUUAUAUAGUUUAGUCCAAUAAUUAGCAAAAUAUUCUCAUAUACUUAUGAUACACCUAUGUAGUAUUGCUUACAUUCCAGUUUUUGUCCAUUAUUUUAUCCCUGAAUCAUCAGCAUGAACAAAUAUUAAUGCUCAUAAUAAAACAUUGGACCCUUUAAAAUGUAUGAUAGCAUUAAUUUUUAUUUGACCAGUAAAUCAUAAGAUGUUCCAAAAGUUUACUUAUACAACAAAAAUACAUGAGGAUGGAUUUAUGAAAAUGUAUAACAGUACAUACAUUUAUACAUCAGUAUUCAUAGGAUUAUUAACAGUAGCAAAAAGGACAAAAAAAAGAUGUCUAUCAGCAGAUGAACGGAUAAACAAAAUAUGGUAUAUACAUACAGUGGAAUAUUAUUCAGCCUUUAAAAGGAAAGGAAUUUUGAUGCAUGCUACAACAUGGAUGAACCUUGAAAAUAAUGCUAACUGAAAUAACCCAGACUACUGAAUGAUCCCACUUAUAUGAGGUACCUAAAAUAGGGAAGUUCGUUGAGACAGAAAGGAGAAUAGUGGUUGCCAGGCAUUGGAGGGAGGUGGAUAUGGGGCAUUCUUGUUUAAUGAGUACAGAAUUCCUGUUUGGGAUGAAUGAGUUCUAGAAAUGGACAGUGGUGAUUAUCGCACAGCAUUGUGAAUAUACUUAAUGCCACCGAAUGGUACAGUUAAAAAUGGUUAAAAUGGUAAGUUAUAUAUAUAUCUGCACCAUAAUUUUAGAAAUAUAUCUAGAAUGGACAAGAAAUAUUUUUCUCAUUACUCUCCUGACUUGAGAAUGUUCACUCACUAGGGUCCUGGAGUCUGAAUUUGUGACAAUCUCCUUAAAUGAUAAACCUGUUUGACUACUUUCAGUAUGUCCUAAAAUAUUGCCACAGAAGCUUUUGAACAUUAACCCAAAUGCUCCUUAGAAAGUCCUCCAUAAUGUAAAUUUUGGAGAGGCAUAUUAUAGAGUGGGUAUACGCAUAUUCACUGGAAAAUGAUUACCUCUCUCAUUUUCAUUUUAAUUAAUGUAUAUUUAUUUUAUGAAAAUGUUCUUGUCUUUUCAACAUAUUUCUUUUCUUUUCUGGAAUGUUGAAAUAUUCUGUUCUUCAGAUGCUGGGUACAAGAGUGAGUUUAGUUUGUGAAAUAUGAUUGAGCAGUUUACUUAUAAGUUGUACUUACUUAUUAAUGUUUUCCAUAUAAUGUUAUAUUUCAAUAAACAGUUUAAAAA